AUGCAUCAGCAUUAUUUUAAACCCAUUAUUACCCAAGACGUCAAUGUUUGUGGCGUAAAAGCUACGAAAUGGGUUAACGUUUCAAUAAACGAAUCCUUUGAGUAUUUAAUCGUCCAACUGUGUACCUAUCGGUACAAACUUCGUUAUUCAUUCGUUAUAAAUUUAUAUAUUGAAAGAUGUUUUCGAAUUCUAGCCGACAAAGACCUCGGUGAGCUUGGCAACUACUUCGAAGGCGAUAUGAUACUGACGGCGGAACAGCUGCGGCGCAUCACCGAAGCUAAAACUACUAGAAACGGACUCACGAAUGCCGAAACUCGAUGGCCGAACCGUACCGUCGUUUACCGUAUAGUGGAGGAUGACUUCGAGGAAGAUCAUGUGAAAAUGAUCGAAGAUGGAAUGAAGGAGAUCGCUAACAAAUCGUGUAUCAAAUUUCGCCCGAGGAAGCACAGUGAGGAACACUCGCUGAUGAUUCAGGGCUCAGAGCGCGGCUGCUUCUCCCACGUGGGCUACCAGCCCAAGCCCGACGAAGACGGCGACAACCAGCAACGGCUCAACUUGUACAAGGGCUGCUUCAGACACGGCACCAUCGUGCACGAGCUGCUCCAUACCCUCGGCUUCUACCACAUGCAGAGCACUUACAACAGAGACGAGUAUGUCAAGAUCAUGUUUGAAAACAUUGAGGAAGAUCACCGUCACAACUUCGAAAAGUACAAUAACGACACGGUGACGGACUUCGGCGUCGAGUACGACUACGCUAGCGUCAUGCACUACCCGGCCGACGCAUUCUCUAAGAACGGGGAGGACACUAUCAUCGUUUUAAUGGCGAAUGCGACCAUUGGGCAGCGCGUGGGCAUGUCCGAAAGCGACGUGCUAAAGCUGAACCGCAUGUACUGCGAGCAGCGACACUCGUGAUGCAGAGGAAAGACUUUUCAUAUAAGUUUACUGAAACCUCAACAAAAACAAAAUUAUUGUUUGAAUGAACGAACGACUUUAUAAAAUUUGAUCCUUUGA